UUUAGUUCAAUUGUGUUAAUUAAAUUGUUUCGAUGCUUUUUAUCCAAUUAAUUAACUCUUAUUUAUCCUUAAUCUCAAUUAGUUAAUCUUCUUCUGGAAAUCUGAUUAACUGAUUAAUUCGUUUCACUUUAAUUUACCUUUUCUCUUUUUCAUUUUCUAUUACAAUUACAUUAUAGUGUUUGAUUACAAUUCUAAAUCUUUUUCAUUAUUCUAUUUAAUCACAAUUAGAUUAUCGGAUUUACACGUUGAAUACACUUAAUUAAAGAUUAACCGAUUAAUGGAUUAAAAGAUUAAUUAGUAUUUGAUAAGCCACAAUAUCUUCAAUUGGAAUCAUUUUAAAUCAUAAUGAUUAGAUUUGGGUUAACAUACAUAAUCAAAUCAGGUUGUUGUUUAAGCUUUCAGUCAAUUCUAGUGAAACAAAGCAACACUAAAUUACCAAGAUUACUGGGAUCAUUUUCCUAUUCAUCGUCUCAACAAUUAAAUUCCGAGGCUACAAUUAAAUCAAUUAAUCCAUUGUGUCCACCAUCUCAAGGUUUAUCAUCGUCAAUCUAUUAUAAUUUGGUGUCACCCACAAACCGAUACUUUCACACCAUGAAUGUAGCAAGAAAUAAGGAGCAAUCAUCAGUAAAUCAUUCAUCGUCUUCAGGUGAUAAUCAGGAGCAUGGAAAUGACUUGAAAAGUCAACAAGGUCAAAUGACAAUCGAUGCUAAUCAACCUGUUGAUCCAAAGGAUAAAAAAGGCCGAUUCAAAGUCUUAAUUCGUGAUUAUGGUUUAACUGCCGUUGUUUUCCAUGUGACAAUUUCGUUAGCAUCUCUUGGAAUUUGUUAUCUUCUGGUUAACAGUUCACUUCCAAUGGAUCAAAUAUUCACUUGGCUUGGAAUCGAUAAGAAAUUGGGAAAUUUGUCCGAUGCCGCGUCCACUUCAACCAAUUUCGUGGUUGCUUAUGCUGUUCACAAAAGUAUGGCUCUAAUUAGAUUGUCAAUUACCGCCGCUUGUGUGCCCAUAAUUGUCCGGUAUCUUAGGUCAAAGGGGAUAAUUAAAACGGUUGGUAAAGUUGCUAAGAAAGUAGAUUAAAUUUAAUGGUAAAUUUUAAUUCUCUAGAUUGAGUAACCUUAUUUUUUAUGUAAAUCUUACUCGAAAUGUAAUACAAUUAGUAAAUUAAGCAAUACGAUUUUUUUUGUAAUCGUUGAUGAA